AUGGGCCAAGCUCUGACGCAGCCAAGUACCGACUGGCAUGUGAAAGAAAAUGGGAGAGAUCACCACACAAGUAAAUUCUCUAGCAAAGAGUUGGUUGUGAGGAGAGGUCAGGCCUUUGUAAUCACCUUCAAUGGAACAGAACACCCUGAGCAAACCUUUACAUUCAUCGCAGAAACAGGUCCAAAACCCUCCAAGCAGGCCAAGACCCAAGCCACAUUUGGUAUCUCCAGCACAGCAAGCAAGGAGGGCUGGAGCGCAGUUCUUCAGUCCACCAGUUCCCACUCCGUGAGCAUCUCCAUUUCCAGCCCAGCUAAUGCUGUCAUUGGACGUUACAAACUGAGUGUUCAAAGUACUUCAGCUGGCAACUCGUCUCCAGUAGUCCUUGGCACUUUUGUUUUGCUCUUCAACCCUUGGUCUUCAGGUGAUGAUGUGUUCAUGCCUAACAAGGCAGAGUGUGAGGAAUAUGUGCUAGAAGAGUUUGGUAUCAUUUUUGCUGGCAACAAUAAUCAUAUCAACAGCUUUGGAUGGAACUUUGGCCAGUUUCAAGCAGAUAUCCUCAGUAUUUGCCUUUCCAUGCUGGAUCGAAGCUUGAACUACCGUAAGGAUCCUGCCACAGAUGUAUCUCGCCGAUAUGAUCCCAAAUAUCUGGGCCGUGUUCUCAGUGCAAUGGUCAAUGCCAAUGAUGACCAAGGGGUGGUACAAGGAAACUGGAGUGGAAAUUAUGAUGGUGGGAAAAGUCCAAGCAGCUGGACUGGAAGUGGUGAAAUCCUGCAAAACUGGAAGAAAUCAGGAUUCAAGCCUGUUAGAUAUGGACAGUGUUGGGUUUUUGCAGCAGUAUUAACUACAGUGCUUAGAUGUCUGGGGAUUCCCACUCGUCCAAUUACAAACUUCAGCUCUGCCCACGAUGCAGAUGGAAAUCUGCGUGUGGAUGAGUUUUAUGAUGCUUCUGGAAAUCAUUUGAAUGAGGGAGCUGACAGUGUCUGGAAUUUCCAUGUCUGGAAUGAAAGCUGGUUUUCCCGCAGCGACCUGGGCCCUUCAUACAGCGGAUGGCAAAUUCUGGAUGCAACUCCCCAAGAAGAAAGUGGAGGAAUUUAUCAGUGUGGUCCUGCCUCAAGGAAUGCCGUCAAAGAAGGAGACGUAGAUCUGGACUACGACUGUCCGUUUGUAUUUGCAGAAGUGAACGCAGACUGUAUGUACUGGAAUUAUGAUCCUGCAACUAGAAAGAAAACAUUAUUAUUCAACAAGUCGACAGUAAUCGGCCAACUCAUCAGCACAAAGGCAGUUGGUAGAAAUGAUCGUAUAGAUAUCACCAGUGAUUAUAAAUAUGAAGAAGGCUCUAAAAAAGAAAGAGAUAUUUUUAAAAAAGCCCGCAAGAAGCUGGGACUUGAGGAUAAGUUUGAUCCUACAGCACCAACACCAAAGGAAACUGAACAAAAGCCUGAUAUCUCAGGAAAGUUUAAGAUGGCUGGUCCUUUAGAAGUUGGCAAAGACCUCAAUUUAAUUCUGGUUCUUGCAAAUUUACAAUCUGAAGUUAAAUCUGUUCAAGUAAAUAUGACUGCUUGGAGCACUGUGUAUACAAGAAGACCAGUCCGUGAGAUCUGGAAGGACUCCCUGUCUGUCUCUCUGUCUCCUGAGGAAGAGAAACAUUUUCCCAUUAAGAUAUCUUAUGCUGAAUAUCAACAGCAGUUAACUACAGAUAACGCAAUUGAGGUAACAGCUUUAUGUCACGUAGAAGGUGGGAUUCAAGUACUGGUGCAAAGACACAUUGCCCUGGACAACCCUGCCAUUGAUAUACAGGUACUCGGUGAGGCAAAAGUGAAUAAAGAAGUGGAAGUGGAAGUGGUAUUUACCAAUCCUAUUGAUAUCGAAGUGAAGGACUGUGUGCUGCAGGUAGAAGGCAGUGACCUGCUGAGAGGAAUCCUUAUGAUAGACGUACCACCAUUGAAAGCUAAAGAGAUAUCCAGUACAAAAUUUAAACUUACCCCUUUUGAGACGGGCUCCAAGCAUCUGCUUGUUAAUUUCUCCUGUGAUAAAUUUGCAGAUAUCAAGGCCUUUAAAACUGUAAAGGUGAUUGACUAACAGGAAGAUACACAAUAAACGAUCUUUGUCCCUACCAAAUGCAGGGACAUUGUACAAAAUGGUGUAAGAAAUGUACAAGAAAACUAGGAGAAAAGUAACAGAACAAAGUCCUUGCUUCCUGUGAUACGGGUUUAUCAACUUUAUAUCAUUAAAAUUUUACAUUGUAAUUUUUAAUAAACUGUGGAAUGGUUCACUUACU